CAACCCAAGUCACAAACACACAAUCCUUAAAGCCGAUAUGCACACACCAAAUGGUACGUAUCUAUGUCUAUGUGACUGACGUGGUUGGAUGGAUGGAUGGAUGGCUCAAUUCUCGCUUCGUUUCGCAAUUUCUUUGUUCCUCUCUCUUUUCUCCCCCCACUCGUGUCCAUGCGGUCGACUGAGGCACGCCUUUUUACGUGUCUCGCCGCAGCUGUGCUGCCUCAGCAGCGAGGCCCGAAAAGCCACAGAAGGAUCCACCAUGGCCUGCCGCAAGCAAGGGCUGCUGGAUGCUGGCCCACCCCUCUGGUGGCUGACGUGCCGCGAUUGAUGGGAUGGCGUCGUGUGACGGUUGCUGCUCGUGAUGGUGGUGUGUUGACAGUGUGUGGGUGUGGCAUGACGUGUCUUGCUGUGAGGUGUCUUCGCCCAGGCGAUGGAUGAGGAUGGGGAGGAAAAGGCUUGCCAAAGAGGUACCCAGGCAGAGGUAGAAAGACGACCUGCAUAAGGGAUGUGCACACAGACAUCAUAGAUAGAUAGACAUACACACACACACACACACGCAUAUACGCAUACCCGAGGUAUGGUUGGCUUGAUCUUUGUCGGUCCCACUCUGUGGGAAUCAGCAGACGCUGCGGGUCGAUCUGAUGAUCACGUAUUUAGCACAACUGGUUGUGUGCAUGUCUCUGCCAAACCUCUGGACCCACCUGUCGGAAGUCAAUUAUGUCCCAGAGGCCGUUGCAUUGCGCGUAGCAGAUCAAGGCCAUGAGGGACGCCAAGCCAGCAGCGCAAUACAACGCCAGCACCACCAGAUAAGUGGAGAAGGCCAGCACAGGCACCGACCCCUGGGCCGCACUUGGCUCGGUCGCAGACGCCGAUGCCGAUAAAGACGCCGAUGCGGAUGCGUGAGUGGUUCUCUCUUCUCGCGGUGUGUCGUCCUUGUGGAUGGUGAGUGGCCCCGCGGGAGGUGAGGGAGGGGUAGGGACCAUGUAAAGCAGGAGAGCAGCGACCAUCAGCCCAAUGGCAAACACGAGGCAGUAUUCUGGCACAUGAGGAACAGGCGGGAAGAUGCUUAUGCGCGGAAAGUACACCCAUGUGUGUGUGUGUGUGUGUGUGUACCUGUCCAGAAAGACAUGAGGAGAAGGUUUUCGAGGGCAUCGCAGUAGACCAAUGGAUGGGAAGAAGCCACGUGCCAAUCGCUCUCCUCACAAUAGCGCUGACACACACACACACACACACACACACGCGCACGUCGCAUGUAUGAGCCUUCAAAUCGCCGGUUGGCUGUUUCCGCCCGCACCUUCGCAAUGAAUGCCAAGGGGCAGUCUCCCUUCGAUGGGCAUAGGGCUGACACCACCUCCUGCUGCACCGCACUCCAUGUCGGAGGCCAUGUGGCCGACCCAGCCGCAGCUGCACUGGCGCCUGACAUGGCCACUGCCCCGAUGCUGAUGUCAUUGAGCGAGGCCGCCACUUCCAGAGGCGGGGCAAGCCUCAACAAUGCUGGAUGGAUGACACCAACCUCGACAGUCUGCCACUCGUUCCCUGUCAAUCUGCAGAAUAAUGACAUGCACACACGGACCGAGCUGCUCCAUGGCCUCCUCAGAUGUCUCACGCGAUGAACCAGAAGAAGACACAUAGAGAGGACACGACCACGAUUCCCAGCAGCUGGAGGUCCUGUGUCUGGACGACAUGGGUGCGGUGCCGGGCGUACGGCGGUAGCAGCAACAGGUCAGCGGCAGAUUGCGCCAUGGCUUCCAGCAAGACUGCUGGUGGGGGCGCCCCCCAGGCCGCAUGCAUGCAGAAUCUCCAGGAUUCUGAUUUGUCCUGCCUGCGCAUCAACCAAGGCAGGGGAGCCAUUGGCAGAGAGCGGACAGUGCGCUUAAGACAUUGUGAAAUGCUGGCGUGGCCCGCCACCACGUCGGCCAGCCAGGCCAGGCACGUCAAGGCACGACGAUAGCGCACCGCAGUGGGGUCAGCAGCUGGUGAGCGCUGCACUGCAGCAUAGCGGUUCCUCAU